AUGCUCGUCAUCUUUCUAAUAAUUGUUGGAUUGAUUGCUAAUUCUGUUGAUUGUGCAAAUAAGUGUCAUUCAUCUAUGACGGACAAAGAGCGAGAAAUCAUCGGCUGCCCGCUGAUAUCUGCAAGAAGCAUAGAAGAUGAUAAUUGUGAUGUAGAUUGGGAUAAAGUCACAAGGUGUCUUAACAAAGAGCGUGGACUGGUUCGAAUAAUCUUCGUAGAGGCUAAGCCUGUAGCGUCAGUCGAACCGACUGAAACUGACGAUUGA